CUUAAUAACUUGAUAAGAUAUUCGUGUGCAUAUAUUGGCAUUUACGUGGCACACGUUCAUUUCUAAAAUGAAGACCAUAUUGGCAGUGUGUUCAUUUGUCUUUUUGCUUGGAUGUGUUCACAUUGAGGCUGUUACAGAUGAGGAAUUCCAUACUGUUUUGACCAGGCUUACUGCGCUAGAAGAAAUGUCCAACACGCGAAUAAGUUCGCUUGAAAAAGACAUUGUGUCGUACGAGAAAUUAGUAGCUGAUCUAGAAGCAUACAAAACAUUGUCUGACAAAAGAAAUGCUAUUCUUAAAAGGAAAAAUGAAUUUUUGAACAAAAGGAUAAUUGCUCUUGAGAUGAAACUGCCUGACAAAAUAUUGGACUUGCAUGAAAAAGGCAAGGCAUUGUCUUAAAGCAUAAUUGAAUUACCUGGAAAAAUAUGGCGCAUCAUGACAAAGUAUUGCAAUCUCUUGAAAAGAAAGCUUUAUUUCUGUAGACAUGAGUGUUCAGGAUGCCAGGAAAGUUGCUGCGGCCGACAGAACAACUCUGUCAGAUGCUGGGCAUCCUGUCAAAAACAAUAGAUUCGUUGCAGAAGGGAUUGUAGCUUUUUCUGCAAUGAAAAGCGCUUCACAGGGUCAUUUGGGCGUCAAUCAGAACAUAAUCUUCGAGCAGGUUCUGACGAAUGAAGGAGGCGGGUACCAUCCGAAUCACGGUGUCUUUAUAGCUCCACAAUCAGGCGUAUAUGUUAUGUCAUCAGCUAUUAUGACGUCCGCGAAUGGAAGGUUUCACGCAGCUAUUGUUCACAAUGGAAACAUGGUCGCGCACAUAUAUGGUCACGGGGACAGUGGACUAUACGACCAAGGCAGUCAGACGAUUGUAAUUAAACUAAAUGCAGAGGAUGAAGUAGCUGUCCAAAAUUUCGACUUUCCUGACAUUACUAUUUUCGGCUAUUUAUAUUCAUCAUUUAGUGGGUAUUUAUUGUGGCAGCCAUAAAAAUUGCCAAAUGCAUAACAUGUUGACUGGUGUAGAAAGAUUUGAUGACACAUAUGUGCACUCAUCACAAAUUUAGGCAUAAAUAUUUUAUAUCUCAAAUAACGCUAUUUACAAAUAUAGAAACAAUCGUGACUAUUCCUUCGCUGAAUGUGUACUCCUCAAUCAAUAAAUAUAUAUCCCUAAAACAA